CUCCAAAUCCAGUACAAUUCGAUAUGAGUAUUUAACCUUGUCAGAAUAAAACAUGCAAUCAAUAUCAGAAACGACUUGCAGGGUGUUUUCUGGUAAAGCCUGUACAGAAACAGCAGUUUUUUUUGUAAUUCUUUGAGCAAUGCCAUAGAAGAGCCACUUUUGGUUUCAUAAUGAUCCACAAGCCUUACAAAUCAAUUCUGGGUUUUUUAUUUUUUCUCAGAUUAAAUAUGGCUAUUUGGCCUGAUGCUAUGUGAACAGAUCUGUUCCUGAUCAUCCUUCCACUGACUAAAAUCCGCUUUCCUCUCCCUCAUUGUUUUGCUGUUGCUGGUUGCUGAAGAAAGUAUUAAGCACAUACAGAACUAUGCAUGAAAUCAUUCACAUUUAUGUUGCAUGCCCACAAAUUAGACGCAUGUCGGAUCUAGACAACAGUGGCUCAGACCUCUGAUUUGAAAAACUUGGAUUUGACAUGCAUAGAAAAAAUCAGGGCUGUGUCAUAGGGCAUGUUCUUUAUUGAACCAAAUAUCUGUUAUGGCAUUGUUCAAAGAACCAUUUGAGGUGCCAUUAUUGUGCAGUAAAUAAAGUAGCAGGAAUGUAGGAAUGUUUUCUGCGGAUAUACAGGUGUGAUCAGGAGUUUAUAUACACUCCUCAUGGACCUCAGUAUCAUGGCAAUAUUGGUCUUCUCAGAUUUGCAGUUAAUCCCUUUUUUAUUUUAAUACAGCUGUAGUAAAUCAGGAUGACUAACGGGACAUUAGAAGCUUCGGACUUGAUGAGAUAAAAGACAUUUUGGAACUUUCAGCAUCACUGAUUUAAUAACCUGAAUAGGUAUAGGUAUAUAUUUAUAACAACCUAAAAAUGUAAACACUCAGUAGACAUGUGCUGCAGACAAGAACAGCUCCUAGAACGUUUUGAAACAUUUUGGGUACAUAUAAUAUAUCUCUGAUAUUUGGAUUGGAUCCUGAAUCCAAUCCGGUAAGGAUUAAACCAGUUUCUGAGAGAGUUCCUGUACAUUUUAAUCCACUGGUCCUCUAAUUUUGUGCUUGAUGUCGGAGCAAAACACAACACCCACCCGCAACUCCCACAUUUCAGAAUGACCACUAUAGAGUGUACAGGUCUAACUCUGAGUGUGAUCUGUAUUAUAUACCUGAGUUUUUUGCUGAUAUUGUUUGUAAUUUAGACAAACUGGUACAAAACUGACAGGAUUUACACUGUUAAUUUUAAAGGACUUGUAUACAACACCAACCAAGCAUUAGAGACUAUUUUUGGUCUGAUGAGUUUCCUCAGGGGUCUUACAGCCUGGUCCUUGUUAAAUCAGAGCAGGUAAUGGUUGAGAAUAUUGCCGAUCUACUCUGAAAUUGCUCCUUUUUUUGUCAGAAUGCCAGACUUGACCAUAUUCAGGCUGUAUAGGAAUGUUUCUACACAGUGAGUGUACCACCUCAGAAUGGGUGACCCCAGAGUGGAAAAAGUUAAUGAGCAAACAUAAAGUUUCUUGCUUUGUUUGGCCUGAACUUUAAGCCCACCCAUUUCCUAGCAACCACCAUAACAUCAGCUGUAUCUAAAAGCCUGUGAGAAAGCCAAGACAAAUUUAGUAGUGACAAGUUCUUCUCAUCAGCCUGUACCUUUGAUGUUUCUGAGGAGGAGGAGAUCUAAGGUGUGUGCUCACCUGGGUGGAGAGAUGGACAGAAACACACCCAAAUUGGCAGAGAGAGUCUAAGGGGGAAGCGGCCACUGCAAAGAACCGGUCAUAUAGGUGUACAGGUGCGGCCAGCAGGACGGUGUUGUGCUCUGUGUGGAUUGUACGGAAUACACCAGGAUGACUGAGAAGGUUCUGGACACGUUUAAAAACAUCAGAUACAAACCUGGCCUCCAGAUAUGGACCAUCAAUAAUUUGAAAAUGGUUCCUGUGCCAGAGCAGGCCUUCGGGAGUUUCUUUGAGGGUGACUGCUACAUCAUUCUCUAUGGGAGCAAUGAUGACACCCAGUCCAUGGACAUUCAUUACUGGAUAGGAAACGGUUCCUCUCAGGACGAGCAGGGCGCAGCGGCCAUCUACGUGACCCAGCUGGACGAGUACCUGGGUGGCAGCCCUGUUCAGCACAGGGAUGUGCAGGGCUACGAGUCUGCCAAAUUCAGAGGCUACUUCAAACAAGGCAUCAUAUACAAAAAAGGCGGAGUCGCAUCUGGGUUCAAACACGUCGAGAGCAAUGUGUACAACAUCCUGCGCCUGCUGCACGUCAAGGGGAAGAAGAACGUCACUGCCACCGAGGUGGAGGUGUCCUGGAAGAGCUUUAACAGUGGGGAUGUUUUCCUGUUGGACAUGGGGAAGAGCAUUGUGCAGUGGAAUGGUCCUCAGAGCAACAGAGGAGAGAGAUUAAAGGGAUGUUUGUUGGCCCAGGACAUUAGGGACAGGGAGCGAGGGGGGAGAGCACGGAUUGGAGUGGUUGAGGGGGACAGAGAGGAAGCCUCCAGCGAGCUGAUAAAGAUGAUGAUCUCUGUGCUGGGUCAAAGAACUGGAUCAUUGAGAGAUGCUGUACCUGAUGACACACCUGACCAAUUCCAGGUGUCUCAUGUCAAACUGUAUCAAGUUUCGGAUACAAGUGGUCAGCUCAUGGUACAGGAAGUGGCCUCUAGUCCACUGACCCAGGACCUGCUGCAUUCUGAGGACUGCUACAUUGCAGAUGUAGGUGGUUUGUCAUUGGCAGUGUGGAAAGGCAAGAAGGCUACUGUAGAGGAGAGACGUGCAGCCCUAGAACGAGCCGUGGGCUUCAUAAAGGCCAAGAACUAUCCCGCUUCUACCCAUGUAGAAGUGAUGAGUGAAGGAGGGGAGUCAGCCAUGUUUAAGCAACUCUUCAAGUCGUGGAAGGAGCCGGGCCAAACUGUGGGGCUGGGAUCUACCUACUCCAGAGGCAAGAUAGCCAAAGUGGACCAGGUGAUGUUUGACGUCAUGGAACUUCACGCUGAGCCUAAACUGGCUGCACAGGAGCGCAUGGUGGAUGAUGCUUCUGGAGAAGUUCAGAUUUGGAGGAUAGAGAACUUGGAGCUUCAGGAGGUGCCGCGUGGAACUUAUGGGCAGUUUUAUGGAGGAGACUGUUACCUAGUGCUGUACACUUACAACAGAGCCAACAAGCCACAGUACAUCCUCUACAUGUGGCUGGGUCGUCAUGCCACACAGGAUGAGAUAACUGCAUGCGCGUAUCAAGCAGUGAAUGUAGAUAACAGAUAUAAUGGGGCUCCUGUUCAGGUCAGAGUGACCAUGGGCAAAGAGCCACGCCACUUCCUGGCCAUCUUUAAGGGCAGACUCAUCAUCUAUGAGGGUGGCACAGGUAAACCUGGUGUGGUGAACCCUGAUCCGGGCGCCAGGCUCUUCCAGGUCAGAGGGACCAAUGAAAUAAACACCAAGGCUACAGAGGUUCCUGCCAGAGCCUCCUCUCUCAACUCCAACGACAUCUUCCUGCUCAAAACUGACCUGGUAACUUACACCUGGUACGGCAAGGGCUGCAGUGGUGAUGAGCGUGAGAUGGGGAAGGUCGUAAGCGAUGUGCUCUCGAAGCAGGAUAAGCAGAUCGUGAUGGAGGGGCAGGAGCCUCCUCAGUUCUGGGUGGCUCUGGGUGGGAAAGGAGCGUAUUCCAGUGACAAGAGGUUUGAGAGGGAGGUGGCGCUGCACAGUCCACGCCUCUUCAACUGCUCCAAUCAGGUGGGUCGGUUCCGUAUGACCGAGGUGGCCCAGUUCACCCAGGACGAUCUGGAUGAGGAUGAUGUCAUGCUGCUGGACACCUGGGACGAGCUGUUCCUGUGGAUUGGCAACUCUGCCAAUCAGUACGAGACUCAGGAGUCCUACAGGUGUGCUGUGGAGUACCUGAAGACCCACCCAGCUAAGCGGGACCCUGAGACCCCAGUCAUAACUGUUAAACAGGGCUAUGAGCCCCCUACCUUCACAGGAUGGUUCAACGCCUGGGACUCGCACAAGUGGAGUGGCGGAUUAUCUUAUGAGGAGAUGAAGAGUAAACUGGAUGACUCAGGAUCUGUUACACAGAUUACUAUGAACCUGAGUAAUACAGCUGUAAGCAGGCCAUCGAUGGGCGGUGACUUAAUCGACUUUGCUCCUGGCGGACCCUUCAGUGAAAACUCUCCUCAGAGCUUUAAACCCCCCCAAAGCCCCCUGAGCCCCUCUAAAAGCUCUAGCUCACGUAUAGAAGUCUCUACUACCUUCAAUCCUUCAAGCUCCAGCACACUGAGCCCUGAGUUUCUGCUCAAUAAGGAACCCAGUGAGCUCCCUCAGGGGGUGGACCCCAACAGACGAGAGGAGUAUUUGACCGACGCCGACUUCGAGAACAUCCUGGGCUGCUCCCGAAAAGACUUCCUACGUUUGCCAAAGUGGCGCCAGAGUGACCUCAAAAAGAAGGCGGGGCUUUUUUGAAGAAAAAUUAAACAAAUCUCUUUCACCAAGUCAUAGACAACAAAAUAUAAAAAUGUUAAAUCCUGUAUGACUUCUAAUCAAUACUAUAUUUUCUUUCUGAGCAGCACUGCAACUGUGCCACCGUGCUUAUGCCACAAAAUACAUGUUUGCUGUUACAUAGUGCUGCACUUGAGUAAAAUAAAGUAAAAUGAACCUGAGCAAGCAAUAUGUAUAGAAAAGAAUGACAAUAGAGUAUCAAAGCCUAUUGACUAUAUAUUGUAUAAUUCACUACAGUUUAGUAGUUCAUAAUCAAUGUUUUUUAUAAAAUAAACUGUUAUGAUGGCAGAUUAGAACAAUGGUUAUAAUAUAUCAAUAAGUAGCAGGAAGCUCUAAAUAAAAAAAAAAAAUCUAAAGAUAAAACAAAAAUGAAUUUAAUCAUUUAAGAACUUCUUGUUGCCAAAUUAUGUAAACCUUUGAAUACCUCUAAUUACCUUUAAUGAACCAGUUUAGAACAGUCACAAUCUACAUUGUUAUUGUACAAGUAUAGGAGGUGUAGCAAUUAUACCCUAAAUCUAGGAACCCUGUUCCAGUUAUUUGUUUACUAAUUUCUGAAGUGAACAUAUGUGAACCAGUCCUACAGGAAACACAUUUAAAACUUGAUUGGUUUAUUUGACCUACUGUGGAGCGAAAUGUCUUAAGACCACCUUUCUUUUUAGAAUAUGAGCUCUUGGAUGGAUCCGAUCUGCUCAACAGAGAUUUUUAUAAAAAUAUGUUAAGGGCAACUCAAAUACAUGUAGAGACGCAUCAAUAAAUACUAAAGAAUUCCAGCAUUCAUCUUCAGAUUUUAAAGUUUGCACAUACUUUUGGACCCUACUCAAUUUGCACUGUACUUUACCCUUGGAAAUUAACAAUGUAAGCAUCAGGAUUUACUAUUAUUACUAGUAUAUAUUUAACUGUUAUUUUUUUUAUUUAGUCAGCUCUGAAUACAUGUGUAUGCCAGGUAAAAGUAUAAUUAUGACCAUAUCUUA